UUUCCUGUAUCAGACGUCACUGCUCGGAGCCUGGUAUUUAAUAGCCUGAUGGGUAGAAGGUAUCUUUUUCAUCCAUACCAGAUUAUAUUCGCUUUUCAUUGACGAAUGGUUUAAACUCAUACGUAGAGAAAUAAUUUUUACCGUACAAUGGACCCGGAGAGUAGAAAACUUACGCGUGAGUUUAUGCGAGAUUUAAUUUCUAAAGACGAGCCAGAUGUUGAAAUUACGAGUCUUGAUGAAGAGCCGGGCUCUGGACGUGGUGAUAAUUACACGUCAAUGUUGUAUAGAAUGAAAGUUAACGGGCGUAAGAGAUUGAAGUCCGGGCAGUGGAUACCCUGGAGCACGGCUAUUAUUUACAAAGUCUUACCGGAGUCCAAAGCGAGGCGCGAUGAGUAUAAGAGUGAACUACUUUUCAAAAAUGAAGUUGUUUUUUAUAAUCUUGUGUGGCCGGCGCUUAACCAAUUGCAAACAGGUAAAAAAGUAUUUGGUGGAGUCGCUAAGACUUAUGUCGCAAGAUCUGAUCUUAUUGCUAUGGAGGACUUGAAGAUAAGAGGAUAUGUUAUGGCUGAUAGACGUCAGGGGUUGGAAUUAAGUCGCUUGAAGCUUGUGCUGAAAGCUCUUGCUGGCUUUCAUGCUCUGAGUCUUACACUUCGUGAUCUUAAGCCAGAAGUUUUUCAACAUUUAUCUGAUGAAAAUAAUCCAGACGGUGUUCGUGAAAGUUUGUUCCGGCUGGAGUAUGAAGAGUGGUAUCGGCAUUACUAUAGAGUUGCUGUUAAAAAUGCAAUGACAAUGGUAUCAGAAGCUUUGCCGGCUCAGCAUCACCAUGAAAGGAAUAAAGUUUUGGGAAAAUUACAAAAAUUUCUUCACGAAAAUGUUUUUUUUCGUACAAUGUGUGAACUAGCAUCCACCAGAGGACCAUUUACUGUUUUUUGUCACGGUGAUUGUUGGACCAAUAAUUUUUUAUUUUCAAAUUCUGAUACCGACGCUGAGGCCGUUUAUCUUGUUGAUUUUCAACUACUGCGUGUUGGGUCAUUAGCAUUGGAUUUAGUAAAUUUGUUGUAUUGCUGUACAUCUGGAGAAGUACGAAGAGUCCAUAUGAAUUCAUUACUGAUUCAUUAUCACCAACAUUUGAUGGAAGCUUUGAACACGUUGAACCCCCAGCAGUCUCGAGACUCUUCUGUUACUUGGGAGCUAUUAAAUGAAGAAGUACGAAAAUGUGGACGCUUUGGAUUCGGAAUAGCGCUAGAUAUUCUUCCAAUCAGUACAUGCGACAGCGACAACGCGCCUGAUUUGUACGAAGGUGCUGAAGGUAAUGCCGAAGAAGUUCGUUAUCCUCGAGCACCACCUCCUGGUGGCGAUGAAUGCGCUCGAUUAAUGACUGAGUUAGCUCUUGAAUUAAUUCAAAAUAAAGCUCUGUAAUUAAAUUAUGUUGUUUAUUAUCAUUAUCACAAUUAGUAAUUAUUUAUUUAGAAAGGAAUUAAAUUUGUUAAUUAAUAAUUCUGUACUCAAAUACUCCACUGUAUUAUUUUAUUUAUAAUAAAAAUUUCUAUAACUAAUAAUCAAUCAAAUCUUAAUAGUAACACUUUUAAUAUUAAGUGAAAUAAUAAAAUGGAAUUUCAAUGACUA